AUGGAUGAUGAACACCCAGCAAGGGGUGCUAACAAGAUCUGCGAGGUUUGCGGCGACCGGGCCCUUGGCUACAAUUUCAACGCUAUCUCCUGCGAAAGCUGCAAGGCAUUCUUCAGGAGGAAUGCCCUCAAGAAUAAGGAUUUUAGAUGCCCCUUCACAGAGAACUGCAAAGUGACCCCAGUGACGCGUAGAUUCUGUCAAAAAUGUCGUCUGGACAAGUGUCUGACUGUUGGAAUGAGAAAAGAGUACAUAAUGACUGAGCAGGACAAGGAACUGAAACGCAAGAAGAUCGAGCAGAACAGAGCGAAGAAGCGUCCAACGUCAGACCCUCCAAAGGUCCGAAAAAUGAAGCGUGAAAUUCUCGAUGAGGCCAGCUGCGACGAUACGUCAGUAUCAGUGGCAUCAGUGGCCUCAUCAGUCUCGGAGACUUACUUCUGGGAAUCAGACAGAAAGUACACAGACCUGGAUGGCAAGGGCUCAUCUACCACCGAGGGUAUGAGCCCAGUGACCGCAGCAAGUGUCCCGAGUCCCUCAUCUCCAGAGAGCAGGGACAUAAUAGGUUCAAAGACGCUGGAGAUGUUGAAGGAGUCGCCACCCACCUCGAGCCCGCAAUACGCUUCCCCAGAAGGAGCUGAGAAGGCGUACCAAGUGCACGAUUUCUCCCGGGAGGUGCAGAUUACCGAAGAGGGGAGUCGUGGCUCAGAGAGCCUCCAGGACUCCACCUCGAGCCCCUGCAGUCCUCAGAGCAGUCACAUAGAGAGCUCCACAUCUGAUGCGACGAAUUCCUGUGAAAAAUCUCUGAGACUGCCCGCCAAGACUGCAGAGAUUCUCGAAAAACUUCAGAGCCCCAGUUUUAUCUUUAGAUUAAUACGACGGCCUGACCUGAUCAUGGAGAUUUUUCAGGAUGAAGCCUUGCUGUCGAAGCUAGCGAGUAAUCCCAAGAUCACUAAAUUUCUAGGGAACGAGCGAGCGACAACACCAGAACCCUCCAGUCAGCCCCUUGCUAACAAUGGAGUAUCUGAGGAUCUGAUCAGAGACAUGUUGGAGACUGCUCCAGAGGUUGGCCACGUCAACAAUCCCAUUCUGGCUGAUUUGAUUGGAGAAUGUAAAGAAGGGGACGAUGACGUCGACCAGGCCACCUCUAGUGGACAGAUACUUCUGGAAAACGAUAAGGACACUAACGACGUGACCAAGGUCAUGCAGGAUGUGGGUAGCACUCCCAUUACCAGUAAUUCCAUCGAGUCUAUUCUAUGUGAAGCUAUCAAGCUAGAGUUCUCGGCUUACUCCUGCCUAGGGAACAAUCAGAGUAAUAGGGAGCUGAAUGACGCCGAGAGGGCGAAGCUGAAUGAACUAAUUGUCGCUAAUAAGGCACUUCAGGCACCGCUCGAUGACGAUAUCACGACUUUGCUGGGAGAGGAGUGUUCACUUGGGGGAAAUUCGGGAGAAUCCAGUGGAACUCUUCUCAACCUCAUAAACUUGACAGCAGUGGCGAUAAGGAGGCUGAUCAAAAUGGCCAAGAAGAUAAAUGCAUUUAAAAAUAUGUGUCAGGAGGAUCAGCUAGCGUUACUGAAGGGGGGAUGCACGGAGAUGCUGAUUCUCAGGUCAGCCCUCACCUACGAUUUUGAAAAGGAUCUGUGGAAGAUUCCGCAUUCUCAGGAGAGCAUGUCCAUGAUUAAAACCGAUGUGCUGAAGCAGGCUAAGGGGAAUAUUUAUGCGGAACACGCGAGAUUCGUCAAAGACUUUGAUCCAAAGUGGAGGGAUGAGAAUGUCAUCCUGAUUUUGAGUGCCAUUGCUUUAUUUACUCCGGAUAGACCCCGGGUCGUUCACAGCGAUGUUAUCAAGUUGGAACAGAAUUCUUAUUAUUACCUUCUGCGAAGAUAUUUGGAGAGCAUUUACCCAGGUUGCGAGUCGAAAUCCAUGUUUCUGAGGCUAAUCAGAAAGAUAUCGGAUCUUCACCGGUUAAACAAGGAAGUCGUCGGGGUUUACCUAAACGUCAAUCCCUCCAGUGUUGAGCCACUGCUGAUCGAAAUAUUUGACUUGAAAAAUUGAGGGAAUCAAUUGUUGCGACUUUAUGCAGAUGAAUGUUAGCAGUUGACGAGAUAUGUCAGUAUCACUGUACACAGGUUUAAAUCAUAGAAAUUGUUAAUCAUAGAAACUGUAUAAAUAGUGUAGGGAAUUUUUAGAUCAUUUCAACUACGAAGCGAAGCUUUUGUCUGUAAAUUGGGAGGCGCUGCCCAGUAGAUGCUCUACUCGACAAUUUUUGACGAGGAUUUCCUCCAGUGAUAGUACUAAUUCUUUUUUUUUUCUUUUUGAUUAAUUACGUUAAAUUUGAGGGGGUGAUUCACUGGGUAGUUUAUCCUUUUGACUCAGGCGCCUUGUCAGUUAGCGACGAUCAGUUGAACGUCAUAUCAGGUUCAUAAUACUCACUGGUGUAGUUGUAAAGUAGAUCAAUUUGAGUCAAUAAGGGUGUUACCGUUGUCAUUGUUACCAGGGCUGGGCAAUAUUUGAAUCGGAGAAGGGUAGAGUGCAAUGGACUUUAAUAAUUUAAUUUUUCGAAUGGAGUAUCAAAUUUGAGUCCUUGUAAGUUGGGAAAAGAAAUCAAAACCACGAAGAUUGGUUGUCAAACGUAAAGUAAAAAACAGAAAGUUUAUAAUUACUUGGAAAAUUGAGUUGAUCGUGCCUUGAAAUUGUAUUCUUGGGCUUUCACUCAUCACAGGGUCUGAGUUUUGUAAAUAUUAUUUGGUAUUAAUUUUUUAGAUGUUUCGCAAAAAUCUUAUUUUUUUCCCCCAAAAAAUUUUUUAUUGACAUUCACACCUACAAAUAAUCACUGCGUGAUUAUUCUGGAGGCGAUUUUGUCUGCUGUAAAACUGUGAAUUACGAUUUUUAUUCUCAUCCUAAUUAAUUCAUCAAAUCGAGAUAUGUUGGACCUAUGUUUUUUACUAGAUACUCUGUGGACGUCCCCACACUGAGAAUGAAUUACGAAAGUGCCAGAUGAGAAAGAAAUCGAGAAAUUGUGAUACACUUCAU